AUGAAAGUCUUUGCAUUUUGCAUCUUUAGCAUAACAUACGUCCUUUCGAAAAACAUGAAUACAGAAUUUACUAGUGAAAAAAUUUCAGAUUUAUUAAAAGAAAUAAGUGAAACAGAGUUUUAUUCAUCUUUUAUCAAAGAAGUUUAUUAUGUAUACAAUAAUUUGAAUAGUUUGAGUCAUAAAUUAACUAGUAUUUGUGAUGAAGAGAGUAAAAUUGAUUGUCAGAAGAUUUUAGAAAAAAUUCAAAGGGAUUCCCAAAAUUUAGUAUUAACAGCAACACAUAUGAUUAAAAGAGAUCCAUUGGAAAUGGCAGUGCCUGAUGAAGAACAUCUUUAUGCUUUAAUCUUAAAAGAAAGUGUCAACGAUGAAAAAGAAUGCGAAAAAAAGCUCGAAGCGUAUUGUAACAAUUUACAAGAAAUGGAUCCGAGCCUGAAUAACGUAGAUCUAAAAUUAAAAAAGAUCUGCAAUGAUAACGGAAAAGAUAAAAAAUGUAAGGAAUUAAAGAAAAGUCUUGAUAAAAAAGCUAAAAUGCUAAAAAAAAACAUUAAGGUAUCAAGCAAACCAAUAACAUAUUAUAAAUGUAAUAAAUAUCAUCGACAAUGUUUAUUUUUGGAAGAUGCAUUUUCACAUAGGCUUAAUAUUACUUGUACUGAUUUGAGAAAUAACUGUUAUCAAAAAAAACGAGAUGAUUUUGCAAGAAAAAUUCUUUUAAAAACACUCAUGGGAAGUUUUGGAAAUAAUAAUGAGUCUGAAGAAAAACUUAAAAAGUCCUGCUCAAUUUUAAGUGAAGAAACUGAUGAACUAAUGCAUUUUUGUCUUAAUCAAAAGGAGACCAAUAAAAAACUUAUAGAAAUAGUUAAAGAUGAUUGUGAAAAUCUUAAAAAGAUAAAUGAGACAAUAUUAAAAAACCUCGAUAUUACAACAUGUUAUUUAUUAUGCAAUCAAUGUUAUCUUCAUCAAUCAAAUUGUGUUGCAAAAGAAGUAAAAGAAAAAUGUGACCAAGUUAAAAAGAAAUGUGAAGAACGAGGAUUUGAAUGUAAACUUUCAGAUUAUUCUUUUGAUCCAAUCAGUUCAAGGCCAACAUUGCAAAAGAUUAUAGGUCUGGAAGAAUCUUAUGAACUAGCAGAAUAUAAUGGGGUUCUUAUUGGAAAACCACAUAUAAAAGAAUUACUUUAUUUAUUCUUAUUAUUAGUUGUAGAUGAAGAUUUGAAAGACGCAGAUAAAGAUUAUAGAUGUGAAGAAGCAUUAAAAUUGAGAUGUAGCUUUUUAGUUGAAAUGAGGAAAGAUUUAAAAGAUAUUUGCGAAAACGAAAAUCAUAAAAGACUAAAAUGUAAUAAAACAAUGAAUUUUUCAGAAAAAUGUACUAAUUUAAAAAAAAAAAUAUUCGAUAAACAUCUUUCUACUACUGAUGAUACUACUCCAUCGAAGUUGUUUACUUGGAGACAAUUGUCAAUUUUACCUACAAAGGAGGAACUUAUAUAUUUGUUAUCAGAAUGCUAUUAUUUGGCUGAACAUUGCCUAAAAAAUCUUGAUAUAGCAUGUAAAAAUGUGAAAAGUGCGUCUUACAAAAAAGGACUUGAUGCAAAAACAAAUAAUUUGUUAGAAGAAGAAAUGCGUGGUAUGCUUCAUAAUUUGACUCAAGAUAAUGGUAAGAAUCUUAAAAAAUGUCAAGAAGCAUUAUUGCAAACAUGUAAAAAAUAUAAUAAAAAUGAAGAACUUUUUAUUCUUUGCAUGGAUCCAAAAGAAACUUGUUUAAUGCUUGAAAACGAUAUAAAAGUAAAAGUAGAUGAUUUGCAUCGAGUUUUAAAUAAAAUAAGGGAUACACCGAGUAAACGUGAUUGUACUAAAUUUCUAGUAUUAUGCAAAAAACUAAGGAAUGAUUCGAAUUCAAUACAUAAACCAUGUUCUACAUUAGAAGAACGUUGUACUUUUCUAGAAAAUGUAGAACAACUAAAACAUCAUUUCUUGGAAAAAGAAAAAGAUUUUUUCUCAAACAAGGAACAAUGUAUAAAGAGUUUAAAAGAAGAAUGUCUUAAAUUAUUUAGAAAGGAAAAGAAUCCAUUUAAUUAUUCAUGUGUUUUUCUUGAGGAAUCAUGUGAUAUAUUGGUUUCUAAUGUGAUAGAUCAUUGUACUUCACUUAAAGAAAAUAUGGAAACUUGGAAUGUAAUUGAUAAAAUAAAUAAUGAUACAGAGAAGGAGAAUAUUUGUCUAUUAUGGAUGCCAUAUUGUGAUAAGCUUACACCAAAUUGUCAGAAUUUAAUAAAAAAUAAUAAUAAUAAAAAUGGGAUUUGUUUACAAUUAAAAGAUAAAUGCAAGUUAUUCUUUGAAAAAAGAAGAAUGGAAGAGGCAAUAACAUAUCAGUUGAGGGGUAGUUUGUCUACACGUGAUGAAUGUAAGAAGGCUCUUGAUGAGUAUUGUCAACGUUCAAAAAAUACUAACAAUGCUACAACUUCUGGUUUAUGCAAAAACAUCACUACUAAUGCGAAUGGUUAUCAGGUUAAAGAAGAUUUUUGCGCAAGAAUUGUUGCUCGUGUACUUGAACAAUGUCCGGGAUUAUUAAAAAAAAUUACAAAAGCAGAUAACUUAGGAAAAGAACGAGAAGAAUUUGAAAAAAUCAAAAAAGAUGCAGAAAAAGCAACGAAAAAUGCUAAAGUUAUUUUGUCAAAAAUUAAAUCAAUAAACAAUGAAUUAAUGGAAAAAAUUACACUUAAAUUAUCUAGUAAAAAAACAAACACAGUAAUGAAAUCUAAGUUUCUAAAAAAAGAAAAUAUAGAUACAUAUGUGACAGAAAAAGAAGUAAUAGCGUUUAGAUUAGUAGCACGCGUAUUUUAUCUAUAUAUAGAUUUAAAAGAGAAAUGUCGUCAUUUUCUAAAAGAAUGUGCGUUUAAAAAAGAAUGUAAAUAUCAAGAUAAAUGUGAAAAAAUAGGAAAUGCGUGUAAAGGACUAAAACCUUUUGAUAUUGCAUCACAUCAGGUAAAGACAGUAACAGAAAACAUAACUAUUACAAAAAAUAUAUCAACUACACAAGAAAAAACGAAAAGUAAGGAAAAUACAACAAAAGAAAAGGGAUGUAAAACGGUUUAUACGAAAGAAACAUGGGUUACACGUACAUUUAUACAUACAAACAUUUCAACACGAAUAUCUAUUGUAACAUCUACAGUCACAUUAACUUCAAAUAGAAAAUGUAGACCUACAAAAUGUAUAAAGGGCACUGGAGAUAAAGGAGAUAAAACGAGAGAAGUGGAGCCAAGUAUAAUACCAAGUAAUAGCUUAAAAAUAAGUGGAUGGAGUAUUGCAAAAAAUAUUAUGAUAACAAUAAUUAUCUUAACUGUAACUUAA